AUGCCGUUCCUCAAGCUACAAGACCGAGACCGGCAACUAUACUAUACCUUGAAUGCGCCUCCCACUACAACCUCGUCGUCUGACGGUAUAAAAAACAUCGUCCUCAUUCAUGGCUUGGGUUCUUCGAGCUCUUAUUAUGCUCCGGUUAUCCCGAAGCUUGUAGACGCAGGAUACUCCUGCUUGGCACUGGAUUCCCAUGGCGCCGCAUUAACCCCAUUGACUGGUCCGGGCGGUAGCCUCGAUACCAUCAUCGAUGAUAUUGGUGCCGCCUUGUCAGCUCUCAAUAUCUCAGCCCGUCGCACCGUUAUAGUGGGCCAUUCCAUGGGAGGAAUUGUUGCUCCUGAAGCCACUCUUCGCUACGACUUUGCUGGCACUGUACUUUUGGGCCCUGUUUACCCAAACGAGACCCUCACGAAAGCGCUCCAAGAUAGGAUUGCCAAAGUUCAACAAAAUGGAAUGGAUGCUUUGGUAGAUGUCAUUCCUAGAAUUGGAACGGCAUCUUCAUCCACACCGCUGCAACGCGCCUUCAUUCGCACUCUCCUGCUGGCUCAAACUCCGGAAGGCUAUAUUGCAAACUGCACAGCCAUUGCAUCUGCCUCGGUCCCAGAUUAUGCGAGCAUCAGCACCCCUCUCUUGCUCGUCAACGGCGCUGAAGACUAUGUUUGCCCGAUUGAGCUCUCGCAAAAAGUAUUUGACAGCUGGGGCUCAAAAGAUAAGGAACUCCAAAUUCUCGAUAAAACUGGCCACUGGUACUGCAUUGAAUCGCCUGAGGAAGUCGGGGAUGCUAUUGUUAGAUUUUUGAGUGGCAUCAAAACUGCGUAA